AUGGAUCCCGCUCAAGUCCAAGCAAUCGUGGAGGCAGCAGUACAAACCGCAUUGCAAGCAGCACUUCAGAAUCCAGCUGUGCUCAAUGCCAUCCGACCGCCUGCAGUUGUGGUGCCACAGGCACCCGUCAUCCCAUUCGCAACAACUCCCGCAGGAGCUGGAAACGCAGCAUGGGACUUCACGUCCUCGACAGGAGUCAAGAUCUUUAUCGCGUCGACAAACCCAUUCCCAGUUCCGUAUGACGGAAACGAAUCUGGACUGCGAGAUUUUCUCAGGCAGAUCUGGAGAAGGGCAGUUGCUUACGGAUGGUCAACAAUUUUGGUGGUGACCGAUACGGACGGCACACCGCGAAACCUGACCACGCAACACGGAUGUCUCUCUCUCCUGAACGUUCGAGCACACGCCGUGGCUUAUCUCAGACUUGAAGAGAGAGAACACCAAGCAUCGUCGUGCCUCCACAAGCUGUUGCUAGGAUCAAUCACGCCCAAACUGGUCAACCGUCUCAUGACACGAGAAGCCGAAUUCACGGUCAAUGCCGCGGCUGCUGUGCCCGAUGGACAGCCAGCACCUGCUCCCAUUAUGAUUGAAGAUGGGACUUGUAUGCUGUAUGAGUUGAUCAAGAUGGUGUCAGUCGAAACGAAAGCAACUGUCUCCCUGAUCACCAAGAAGCUGAACAACAUGGACGUACUCAUGGAGAAGGUCAAGUCUAACGUGGAGGAAUUCAACACGUUGGUCGACGACCUGGUGGCACAGCUAGAAGCCAGGAGCGCCACUGUCCCUCCAAUGAUGGAAAACCUCUUCGAAGGAUACGCGAACUGCUCUGAUAGGAUCUUCACCCAGUACAUGUUCACCAAACAAGAAGUGUAUGAAGAUGGUACCAUUGAACUGGAGUAUCCAGCUCUCAUGAAGAUGGCACUCGAGCGAUACAAGACUCUGGUCAGCAAGGAUCAGUGGAUGAAGAAGAGCGAGGAUCAAAUGGAGAUCAUCGCACUCAAGGCGGAGGUAAUCAGCUUGAAAGCAGAGAAGCAACCAAGUACAUCCGCAAAGAGCGCACCCAAGAAGGACCAAAAGAGCAGCUAUGCCGACAAGUUCGCGUGGAAGUUAGUGGCACCCAAACAGGGCGAAGCAAAGGAGAAAACCAUCAACAACAAGACCUACGUCUAUUGCCCAUACCAUGACACAACCAAGUGGGUACUCAAGGUGAAUGACAAAGGCGUCGAUCACCUUACCGGCUGCACAAAGAUGAUGGAAGCAAAGGCUGCCGAAGCAGCGACUCAAGGACAGGACAAGACGGCAGCAGCACUCGCAGGUGCAAUGGAUGACGUUGGAACGGCCACCGUGGAUGACAACCCCUGA